CUGCUGCGGUUUUUCUCUUUUUGUUCUUCUUUAUUCUAUUUUUAAAUUAUACCUUUAUCCUACACAAUGGCUGCUCAAGAAUAUGUCACUUUGGAACGCACCGGCGACAAGAUGCCCCUUGCUGGUUUCGGCUGCUGGAAGAUUGCCCCCACUGACUGUGAAGCCACCAUCUUCAACGCCAUCAAGACCGGUUACCGUUUGAUCGACAGCGCUCAGAUUUACGGCAAUGAAGUCGAGGUUGGUCUUGGUAUCAAGAAGGCCAUCGCUGAAGGUGUUGUCAAGCGUGAAGAGCUUUUCAUCGUCACCAAGCUUUGGAACACUUACCAUCACAAGGAUCACGUCCGCCCUGCUUUCGACAAGCAGUUGGAGGAACUCGGCCUUGACUAUGUUGACUUGUACUUGAUUCACUUCCCUGUCCCUUGCGAGUACACUCCUAUUGCUGAGGCAUACCCCCCACCUGGUUGGUUGAAGAACGGUGCUGACAAGUUUAACUACGAACGCUCCCCCAUCCAAGACUGCUGGAGAGAAAUCGAAAAGAUCGCCGAAUCUGGCAAGGCCCGCAACAUUGGUAUCUCCAACUUCAACGUUCAGACCAUGUUGGACAUGUUGACCUACUGCACCAUCAAGCCUGCCGUUUUGCAGAUUGAGCACCAUCCCUACCUUCAGCAGAAGCGCCUUGUCGACUGGGUUUGGAAGCAGGGUAUCCAAAUCAUGGCCUACUCCUCGUUCGGCCCCAUCUCUUACCUCGAGAUGACCGGAACCGCCAAGGACGCUGCUCCUUUGAUGGAACACGAUGUCAUCAAGUCGAUUGCCGCUAAGCACAACAAGACUGCCAGCCAGGUCUUGCUCCGCUGGUCUGUGCAGCGCAACAUUGUUGUUAUCCCCAAGUCCUUGAACCAGGGCCGUAUGGAGGCUAACCUUGGUGUCUUUGGCUGGAGCUUGGAUGAGAGCGACCUUAAGGCUAUUGCUGGUUUGGACGCUGGCUUGCGUUUCAACGACACAAUGGAACCCGCCUACGGUAUCGACUUGCCCCUCUUUGACUAAAUUUACAUACACUCAUCUCUCAUACUCACCGAACAACACUGCAACACACUUUUGUACGCUCGCACUUAAGAAAAUCACACCUUACCGUUCUUGUAUAUAUA